AAAAAAAAAAGUUUUAUUUCCUCAUGAAAAACACGAGUUCAUUGCGCAUAAUUGUGCGUUUGAAUCGUGUUGACGAUGCGUUAGAGUCUGGUGUAACGCUGUGGUUGGUUGUUGGUGUAACGCUGUGGUUGGUUGCUGGUGUAACGCUGUGGUUGGUUGCUGGUGUAUGUGGAGCAGCAGCAGCGAGGCGGAAAAAUGUUGCGCGUUGAAGGGAAGGAAAAAAGAAAAAGUCGGAGUCUGCGCAGUCGCGUUGUUCUCGACACUCCGAACUUUCGGGAGAAGAAGAACCAGAGAAGCACCGCGGAGGAGGAAGAAGAGGAAGAAGGGAGGAGGGAGAGAACACUACGCCAUUUUUACUGGCCCUGUGCAGUCAGACAGGUGUCUUCAGUUCAGACUGGCAGGUGGAUCAGGACCAUCAGGACGGUCCUGGAGGGCGGCGAAAUUUGGACUCUGCACCAAAUUGAGGUGCAGUCGGCCGUCGGAGGAGGAGGAGGAGGAGUGGACGAGGCACAGGUGGAGCCAUGUCGGCCUCGUGGCGCGAGGACGACGAAGAGUUUAAGUUGGGAGGAGUUAGAGGCUCGAGGCUCAAAACAAGGUUCUCCUUCACGGAGGUCAAAAUGCUCCUGGAGGCGGUGAAGAGGAACAGAUACAUCCUCCUCAGGAAGUUUAACCAAGGUGUGUCAGCUGAUACCAAGAAAGCGACCUGGAUUGAAAUCACCAAUCAGAUCAACGGUCUGGGAGAGAAUCACAGAGAGGUGCGUCAGAUCAUGAAGAAAUGGGCGGACCUCAAAUGUGAUGGAAGGCGACGCGCCAUAGCCCUCCGAGGCCCCAACGGCAGCAACCUGAGGAAGAAGAACCUGGGCCCUGUGGAGAGGAUGGUCAAUAAGAUACUAAUGAUGAGUCCUAGAAGAGGUGGCGACAGUGAUCUGGACAACGGCGAAGAUGAAGACUUUUCAAAGCUUUACAGUAAAGGCCCAGCCCACAACGCUCCUUCCUACUCCUACCUCAGCUUGACGGACAGUUCCCACUCUGUACCUGGAGGAGCCUCCUUCGACCUCUCUCCUCUGUCCUCACCAGAGAAAGAGCUUGGUGGCGAUCCUUUCCACUCCUCCUCUGAUUUUGACCUGGCCGAUGAUGGAGAAUGCACCCUGGACUUUGAGGAAACUGACGACUCCAUGUUCUCCUACCCUUCCUCUCUUCCCCCACCCUCCUCCACUUCCCUGGAUCCCCUGCCUGACAACGCCCUUCUGAGGAUGAAGCCAGUCCACACCUACUCCCGAAACAACAGCCAGAACCACACCUCCCCCAGACCUCCACCUGGACCCUCUUCCUCUGUGGCCUCCACCUCCUUGGUUUUCCCUUCAGUGUCCGAUUCAGACACCGCCUCAUCCUCUGCUGCGCCUCCCCCGUCGCAGUCCCCCUCAAGCGCCAACAUGACUGCCUCCUCCCUCCCUGCUCCUUCCUCAUCCUCUACAUCUGUUGCAGCCAAUACCUCUCACCCUGCACCCUCCUCUUCCUCCAUCCUACCACUUCCUGCUCCUCUCACUUACAUCGCUGCUGUAUCUUCCUCUGUUGCUUCUACUGCAACCUCCUCUUCCAACUCUUAUCAACCUUCUCCCUCUUCCUCAGUCCUCCCACCCAAUCAUCCCUCCACCUCAGGCUCAAACCUGUCUGACCCUCUCCCGGCUGGAGCGUCCUUCCACAGGGCCCAUGACAACGUGGCCCAGAUGGCGUCUCAGAGCCUCCAACAGCAGCGGACCAGCAGGAUGCUUCUGACCUCGGUGUCUCAGUCUCUGGAGAUGUUGGCUCAGUCUGUCCAGCUGCUGGUGGAGAGCCAGCAAGAGUUUGUGCAAGAGUCUCUGCUGCUGCAGAGGGAGACGGUGGACAUUCUGAGGGAUUUCUCCAACACGGCACUGACUAUGCUGAGAGACAAAGCCAACAGUGGACAACUGGCGACACAUCAUCAGCCCACUGCACGCUUCUGAAAAUGGAGAUGAACAAAGUAAUAGGUUUUCAAAACAAACAUGGGCAGGUAACCACAAGCCAAGCAGGUGAAUUUUGGCAGCGGGAGCAGAUUACAGACGAUCAACCGCCGUGUGGAGACCUUCUGAUUUAGACAUUACUACACUUUAGUUGCUGGAUGGAAAAGUUCUUGCCUGAAAAUGGGACAAAACGUUUGCUCAGAGGCACAAACACAUGCAGUUGUAGGGCAUGAUCUCAUAGGCUGUUUAUUUAUGUGCCUGAACCUUUUUUUUUUCCUUCUAUAUUUACUGUUUUGUUUGUUGCAAGCUCAUGUGUUUUCCACACUGUAACUGGCAUUUUAAAGGUGGUGUUUUGAGCUGCUGAAAUAUUGUGACCCACAAAUUUCCUACACAAACAAAGAUCGACUGACUGGAUUUUUACGUCUUGAGUGCACUGGGACACUUGGUUUAACUGGCUGACUGAAUGAGAGGAAAUUAACAAAGUAACUGUAAUGUGUCAGUAGAAUAUAUAAGUACUAACCCAGCAUUUGAGCGCCAACUCUGCAUCAGAGAGGGAGCAUCCCUCUGGCCGCCUUCUUAAUAUUGGACUGUUGUAAACUCAACUGGAGUAACACCUGGGUUGGCGAUUUGCGUAGCGUGGCAGGAGCUGUUGAGACAGAGCAGAAAGCACAUGUCCUUAUCAUGACGACAUUCUGCACACCUCUUCACACAGGAUGAGGUGGUACGGUGAUGCAACAACCCCUAACCCUCAACAGACCAACCAACCUGACUAACCAGAUGACUAUAACUCUCUGCUGUAACACCAGGCUAUGUAAUGUUUUCAACAGCCAAAUCCUGAGAAUAAAGAUUUUAUUAUUAAAA